GUCGUUCUAGACGUCUGCCUGACCAAUCAGAGACGCUUUGCGUCAAAACCCUUCCGGUUAGCUUUCCGACCUGCCUUUCCAGUGGGGUGGCUGGUGUGUGCGGGCAGCAGAGGAGCGAACACCACGUAGGAGAAAGGAUUAAAGAUGCCUCCGAAAAAGACAGAAGCUCCAAAACAACCUCCGUUGAUUGGGCGAUUUGGAACAUCCCUGAAAAUUGGCAUCGUGGGGUUGCCUAAUGUCGGGAAGUCGACAUUUUUCAACGUGCUAACCAAAAGCCAAGCUGCUGCAGAUAACUUCCCGUUCUGCACUAUUGAUCCCAACGAGAGCAGGGUGCCGGUCCCCGAUGAGCGCUUCGACUACCUGUGCCAGUACCACAAGCCAGCCAGUAAGGUUCCUGCUUUCCUGAAUGUCGUUGACAUUGCUGGUCUGGUGAAGGGAGCUCACUCAGGGCAGGGACUUGGAAAUGCCUUCCUCUCUCAUAUCAGUGCCUGCGAUGCCAUUUUCCACAUGACCCGUGCAUUCGACGAUGAAGACAUUACCCACGUGGAAGGCAGCGUCGACCCGGUGAGAGACAUCGAGAUCAUCCACGAGGAGCUGCGGCUAAAAGACGAGGAAAUGAUCGACCCGAUCAUCGACAAGCUGGAGAAAACCGCCGUCAGAGGUGGAGACAAAAAACUGAAACCUGAAUAUGACAUCAUGUUGAAGGUAAAGAACUGGGUGGUGGAAGAGAAGAAACACGUUCGAUUUUACCACGAGUGGAACGACAAAGAGAUUGAGGUGCUGAACAAAUACCUGUUUCUGACAUCAAAGCCCAUGAUCUACCUGGUUAAUCUCUCCGAGAAGGAUUACAUCAGAAAAAAGAACAAGUGGCUGGCAAAAAUCAAAGAGUGGGUAGAUGCCCACGAUCCUGGUGCCGUGGUCAUCCCGCUGAGCGGAGCUGUGGAGGCCAAGAUUCAGGAGAUGGAGGAGGAGGAGCGGAACAAGUACUGCGAGGAACAGAAAACACAGAGUGUUCUGACCAAAAUAAUAAAGACGGGCUAUUCAGCUCUUCAGCUGGAAUACUUCUUCACGGCAGGGCCGGAUGAGGUGCGAGCGUGGACCAUCAGGAAAGGAGCCAAAGCGCCUCAAGCUGCAGGGAAAAUCCACACCGACUUUGAGAAAGGCUUCAUCAUGGCUGAGGUGAUGAAGUUCAAUGACUUCAAAGAGGAGGGCAGCGAGAACGCAGUCAAGGCCGCCGGCAAAUACAGACAGCAGGGCAGGAACUACGUCGUGGAGGAUGGCGACAUUAUCUUUUUCAAAUUCAACACACCCAACGCACCCAAAAAGAAAUAAAGGGACCACAUAAUCGCUGAGGGAGUAUCUCUGUACAGUACGGUCGGGCUCCAAAGGGCUGCACUGUUGGCUGGUUUUUAUAAUUCUCCUUUAAAACCGAAAAUCAAAUAUUGGGCACAGUUAUCACAAUCUCUCAGCAUAAUCCCAGUCAACGCUUGUCGAUUAUUUUGGUAAUGUUCAAACAAUCUUUGAUAAAGUCCAAGUCAUUUACAUAGUCAAUAUAGAACAGUGACUAAACUGAAAUACCUGCACCAGAUCGCAAGUUUGCAUUUUCUUUUAUAAUGAUGCUGCUGGGGAUGGGAUUAUUGUUUUUAGCAUGCAUCAAGCCUGUUUUUUUUUUAUUCAGGUUUUUUCAUUAUUUUGACCAUUUAAAUCACAGAAGCUGAGUAACCUUUGAUGCUUUCCGUUUAUCUUCACGUUUAGCAGCAUUCCUGUUUCAUUAGUUGAUGAACUGAUAGAGCCUAACAGGACUCUUAGUUGAUGCUCUAUUAAAGACAGAUCGGGAAGUCUCCUCCCUCUAAUAACCCUUUUAUUAUAAACCUGACACUGUUCGUGACGAAGCUUGUUCUUAAAAACAAAAAAACUCUGACGUGUUUCUGUACUAAAGGAGAAUGAAAGCCAUCAUUCAGUGCAGGACUCGGCUGGAAAUGGGAUGGAUGUGAAGAGACAGAACGAACUGAUGGUGCCUGGUCAAACUCCUGAACUGAAUUCAUGCUACAUUAUUCACUUUUACUGACUCGCUCUGGCUUGGAUACUAAAAAAAAUAAAAAUCCACAACUUCA